UUGAUCCUUCAAUCUUUCUCUUUUUUGGGCUCAUGCCUUAAAAUGAUCUGUCAAACUAUUAUACAUCAUGGUGGCCCACAGAGCCCCUUACAAGACCGUCCGUCUCUAGCUAGGUCCGCAGUGUGUUCAACUGUCGUAAUUUCUUAUACGUAUUCUGCGUUGCCACGUGGGAGAGGCGGGUGCCAUAAAAGAAAACUUAGAACCCUGUUGUUGCAGAAGAAAACAGUGAGUGUGAGUCAUGGUUCCCUGCAUCUUCUUCUUCGCAAUUCUCAGCUUUCCUUCCUGUCUUUUCUCUACUGUCACGACGUACGUAGAACCUAGUUGGAGCGAUCAUACAUGGUCGAACAACAAUUCGAUAAUCGACACCAUCGACUAUGGAGACGGCUCCUUUGUGAGGUUAAUCUUUAAGGCGAACAGCUCCGAUCCGGACGUACCAGUCUUCGCGUGCGGAUUUAUCUGCACUGGCACCUGUGAUUCCUAUUUCCUUGCAAUCGUUUUUCUCAGAGCAUUCAAUGCCAGCGCAACCGAUCCUCAAGAAGGCUUUCCAGGCCUUGUUUGGUUAGCCAACAGAGAUAACCCCAUAAGAGAGAAUGGGACGUUGACUCUGACCUCCGAUGGAGAUCUGGUACUGCGAGAUUCUGAUGGCACCAAAGUCUGGUCUACUGACACGUCCGGUAAGUCCGUUGUCGGCAUUGUCCUUCAAGAAAAUGGAAAUCUUCAGCUUUACAGUAUCAACUACAGGGUUUGGGAGUCGUUUGAUCAUCCGACCGACACAUUACUCCCAGGUCAGAAGUUAUAUGAGGGCCGUCGGCUUAUUGCCAGCUCCUCAGCUAAGAAUUGCAGCAGCGGGCAGUACUACGCUGAGAUGACUUCAGCUGGUUUUGCUGCGUUUGUCGAAGCAGAUCCACCAUUGAAGUAUGUUCAGUUGAUGCCGGAUCCAAAUCUUCAUAGAGGACUGAAUCGAAGAAUGGUGGCUUUGCACUGGAACAUAUCAAACAAUACAAUUCCGAGAGAUUCCUUCUUCCUGUGUUCUCUCUAUGAAUGCAAGGAUUUACCUUAUCCUGGAAGCAGACCAACAACCUAUGCGGCACUCUAUGGCAAAAACCUUGUCCUUACCAUUGGAGAAACCAACUAUAGUUAUCAGGUAUCCCCCGACUCCACAGUUGGAUCCUAUCAGUACCUGAGGCUGGGUUUCGAUGGGCAUCUGAGGACUUACCAGUGGCGAAAAAAUGAUAUUUUGAGAGGGGUUUAUGAUUUCGUAGUUCAACGUUUGGAUGAUUGCCAGUAUCCUCACGAUUGUGGCGAUUAUGGAGUUUGCAGCAGAGGCGUCAAAUGUAGUUGUCCGAAGGCAUUGGAUGGGUUGGACUACUUCAAGCGAAACAGAGGAACAUUGCCAAGCCAGGGAUGCUCUGAAAUCACUCCUUUGUCUUGCCAGAGUCCAUUAGAUUAUCACCGUCUUGUGAAUUUUGGAAACCUUUCCUACUUCAACUUCAUUGAUUCAGGUGCUGCCGUUCCGAAAUUGAAAGAUCUGGAAGGAUGCAAGCAGGCAUGUUUGAAAAACUGCACUUGCAAAGCUGCUUUCUUUAAUUAUGGCAGCAACACUUCCGAUGGAUACUGCUAUUUGCUGACCAAGAUCCUGUCGAUACGAGCAGACCCAAUACCAGGUACUAACAUUUCCAAGUCAUCUGCAUUCGUCAAGAUUCAACUCCCAAUACCAGGCACCAACAGUGCGUCCAGAAACAAAGUCCAUUUAGCUGCAAUAAUCUCAGGGUCUGUAGCAUUGCUAGUUGUUUUUAUUCUAUUUGCUAUGUGCAUUGUGAUUUCAAGGAAGAAGAAGAAAGAGAGGGAGGAUGAAGGGGAAUAUUUCAAACAAGUACUGGGAAUGCCCGGGAGAUUCUCUUAUGAGGACCUGCGCAUUGCAACAGAUGAUUUCAGGGAAAAGCUUGGAGAAGGAGGAUUUGGAUCUGUGUUUAAAGGAGUUCUCGAAGAUGGCACCAAAAUUGCAGUGAAACAAUUGGAAAAAACAGGGCAAGGAAUGAAGGAGUUCUUGGCAGAGGUCGAAACGAUAGGCAACAUCCACCAUUUCAAUCUCGUGCGGUUGAUUGGCUUUUGUGCAGACAGAUCUCACCGACUUCUAGUUUAUGAGUACAUGAUCAACCGAUCUUUGGAUCACUGGAUAUUCAAUGGAAAUAAGAAUCAGGUUCUAGAUUGGCAAACCCGAAAGAAGAUUAUACUGGAUGUAGCAAAAGGGCUGGCUUAUCUUCACGAAGAUUGUCAUCAAAGAAUCGUUCAUUUGGAUAUCAAGCCUCAGAACAUUCUCUUGGAUGACAACUUCAACGCCAAAGUUUCAGAUUUUGGGUUAUCGAAGAUGAUAGAUAGAGACCAAAGCCAAGUACAGACGACAAUGAGAGGAACUCCAGGGUAUCUUGCUCCGGAAUGGCGACAGCUUAGAAUUACGUUGAAGGUAGACAUCUAUAGUUUUGGGAUCGUUGUUCUUGAGAUUGUUUGUGGAAGGAAGAACUUGGAUCACUCUUGUUCAGAACCAAGCAUGCAUCUGCUUAGGUUGUUGCAGGAGAAGGCCGAGGAGAACCAUCUGAUUGACAUCAUCGAUGGGUCAAGUGCUGAUAUGGAAUUGCAUAGAGAAGAAGCCAUGAAAAUGAUUAAGCUGGCAGCAUGGUGCUUGCAGGAUGAUCAUACAAGAAGGCCUCUGAUGUCUAUGGUGGUGAAGGUCCUAGAGGGAGCAAUGGAAGUAGAGCCAGAGAUCAGUUAUAGAUUUUGCAAUGCCAUGGCAUGCAAUCCUACUACUAGGGCUGAUUUUCACGUCUUCUCGGAUCCACCACAGGCGUCAGUGCUCUCAGGGCCUAGAUAAUGGAAGCUUAUGGUUGUGUAAGGUUAUGAACAUUGGCAGGUCCAGGUACAUGUUUGAUUCCCUUCUGUUGGUGUUUGUUGUAAACCAAGGGUUCAAGUAUUUGUUCUUUUAACUACUAAUGUACCUUUGGAAUUAUGUAUUGCAAUUUGCUUUCAAGCUA